AUGUCUCAGCUCGUUUGGCUUGUUACUGGCUGCUCCUCCGGCUUUGGAUCGGAGUUUGUGCAUCAGAUACUGUCACGUGGGGACAAAGUCAUCGCAACCGCUCGAAACAGUGUCAGGAUCGAGUCACUGGCAAGUCAAGGAGCAGCUGUACUUGAGCUAGAUGUCACGGAUUCACAAGACAGCAUCGAUCGAAUCAUCGCCAAGGCCAUUGCUAUCUACGGGCGUAUCGAUAUAUUGGUCAACAAUGCCGGUUUUGUAGCUGCUGGCUCUUGGGAGGAUCUUAGUUACAAUGAAUUUGCUUCCUCCUUUGACACCAACGUCUUCGGGCCAAUUAAAGUUACGCGUGCAGUGCUUCCGCAUAUGAGAGCCAAUAAAUCAGGAACCAUGGUCUUUAUCAGUUCUUUGUCAGGCUGGAUCGGGCACCAGUUUACUGGAGCUUAUGCUGGAUCAAAAUUCGCUCUUGAAGGUGUUGUUGAAAGUCUGCAUAACGAGACCAAGUCUCUCGGUCUUCGCACCCUCUUGAUGGAGCCCGGACGCUUUCGAACACCUCUCCUGUCAACAGGCCAUCUUCAGCCAAAGCAGAGUCAAAUUCCAGAUUACGAAUCAGCUUCCGAAACUCAUCAUAGUCAUCUUCAUGGUGGAGACUUGAAGCAGCCUGGAAACCCAGAAAGGUUUGUCAAAAUUGUACUGGACCUGGUUAGGCAGGAGGGUUGCGCCCAGGGGAGAACCAUCCCGUUUCGUCUUCCUGUUGGGAAAGAUGCGGUCGAAGAGAUUGAGGCCAAAGCCAGGGAUGUUUUGGAGACAAUGGAGGAGUGGGACUCUAUUAUAACAGAAACCGACUACUAG